AGUUCAAAACAAGAAGGAAGUGGGGAAAUACAGUAUUCGGCACAUAUCUGGUGAUCUAGUCGGACAUAAAGGGAGUGUAACUGUGAUUCUGACUGGAGAAGUGGAUCGGACUGGAGGUCGGGCUGCACUGACAGUAAUGUAAGCUGAAAUAAGUUCCUCUGCAUUGUGCGCUAACAGCAUGGGGCUAGACUUCGACGUGAAGACAUUCUGCCACAACCUGCGCGCCACCAAACCUCCAUACGAAUGCCCGGUGGAGACCUGCCGCAAGGUAUACAAGAGCUACAGCGGCAUAGAGUACCACCUGUACCACUAUGACCACGACAACCCACCUUCCACCCCGGUAACGCCACAGAAGAAGCGCAAGGGCCGUCCGUGUCGUCCCUCUAUGCCUAGCCCUGCAGGUCACUCCGAUCGCUCACCUUCCCCUGGAAGAGACACGAUGACGUACGCUCAGGCUCAGCGCAUGGUGGAGCUGGAGAUCGGGGGUAAAGUGCACCGCCUCAGCAUCUUCGAGGACUUGGAUGUGUUGUCCGAGGAGGACAGUGAGGCCGAGGAUGGAGCAGGAGGAUCGGCCACGUGCAACGGCGAGAAUGGGGUCAGUGAGGGUGGGACAAAUGCAAAGGACAGGCCAGACACCCCCGCUGCAGCAAAUGGAGGCAAAGGAGCAGGGACCACUCCUAAAUCGGGAAAGCACAAGAGUAAAGAGAAAAAGAGGGACAGCACGCAUCAUCAUGGAAAUCCAGCAGGGCCGGCUGUGAAGCUACCUGAGGCUGUGUUUCGAGAGCUGGAUCAGGAGAGGCCUGAUGCACCGCUGAGACCGACAUCUUACUACAGGUACAUAGAUAAGUCUGUUGAGGAGCUGGAUGAGGAGGUAGAGUAUGACAUCGAUGAGGAGGACUACAUCUGGCUGGACAUCAUGAAUGACAAGCGGCGGAGCGACGGGGUGACUUCCAUCCCACAGGAGGUGUUCGAGUAUCUGAUGGAUCGAUUAGAGAAGGAGUCCUAUUUCGAGAGUCAUAACAAGGGUGAGCCGAAUGCUCUCAUCGACGAGGAUGCCGUUUGCUGUAUCUGCAACGAUGGCGAGUGCCAGAACAGCAAUGUGAUCCUGUUCUGCGAUAUGUGCAACCUAGCCGUACACCAGGAGUGCUACGGAGUGCCGUACAUCCCCGAGGGCCAGUGGCUCUGCCGGCGCUGCCUCCAGUCCCCAUCUCGAGCUGUCGACUGCGCCUUAUGCCCUAAUAAAGGUGGAGCCUUCAAGCAGACGGACGAUGCCCGCUGGGCGCAUGUUGUGUGUGCGCUGUGGAUACCCGAGGUGUGCUUCGCCAACACUGUGUUCCUGGAGCCGAUCGACAGCAUCGAGCACAUCCCGUCCGCGCGCUGGAAGCUGACCUGCUACAUCUGUAAACAACGCGGCUCGGGCGCGUGCAUCCAGUGCCACAAAGCCAACUGCUACACUGCUUUCCACGUGACGUGUGCACAACAAGCCGGCCUCUACAUGAAGAUGGAGCCCGUCCGCGAGACGGGCGCUAACGGCACCUCUUUCAGUGUGCGUAAGACUGCUUACUGUGACGUUCACACGCCCCCCGGGUCGGCCCGUCCGAUCGGGGGUGGGACUGGCAGUGGCUCCUCCCUCAGCGAGGCAGACGAGGAGGACGAGGAAGAUGGUGGCGGAGGUGGGGUUGGAGAGGAGAGGACCAAAAGGGCAAAGGCUAAGUCAAGAAGGAAGCUGAAGCGGGCGAGGAGGAUCCUGGCAGAAAAGAGGGCGGCUGCGCCGGUGGUGUCCGUGCCGUGCAUACCACCACACAGACUGAGUCAGAUCACAGCCAAUUUAACAGUCCCCAGAAAGAGUCAGUUCAUGCAAAGGUUGCACGCCUAUUGGACCUUAAAAAGACAGAGUCGCAACGGCGUUCCUCUCCUGCGCCGCCUUCAAACUCACCUGCAGUCACAACGCAACGUAGAGCCUGUACCUAAGGACAGUGAAGAGAAACACGCAGUGCUGAAGGAGCAGCUGAAUGCAUGGCAGAGGUUAAGGCAUGAUCUGGAAAGAGCCAGGCUACUGGUGGAGCUCAUCCGCAAGAGAGAGAAAUAUAAGAGAGAGGCGCUUAAGGUUCAGCAGAUGGCUUUAGAGAUGCAGUUGACGCCAUUCUUGGUGUUGUUGAGGAGCACACUGGAGCAACUGCAGGAACGAGACAGCAACAACUUCUUCACUGAGCCUGUACCACUAACUGAGGUUCCUGACUACUUGGAUCACAUCGAGCGACCCAUGGACUUCCAGACCAUGUGGACGAGCCUGGAGUCUCAUCGGUACCUCACUUUUGAGAUGUUUGAGGGUGACUUCCUGCUCAUUGUUAACAACUGCCUCAAAUACAACGCCAAGGACACCGUGUUCUACCGGGCCGCACUGCGUCUGCGUGAGAUCGGCAGUGCCAUCCUGCGCCAGGCUCGGAAACAGGCCGAAAAAAUAGGCUACGACUACGAGGCGGGAUUGCACCUUCCUCGAGAGCCCAGUCCUGAACCCCCUCGAGAAAGAGAGAGGGAACGGGAAAGAGAGAGAGACAGAGAAAGAGAGAAGCAUUUAUCUCUUGAGGAGCAGCUACAUCUCUUGCAGGAACGUUUCGAUGACGUGAGUUCAGGGAAGCACAGCAUCGGCCGUUCACGCCAAGUCAAAGCCCUGAAGAAGGAGAUGACAAUUAUCAAGCGGAAGUUAGCGCACCAGCGUGAAGGCGGGGCCAGUGCGGGCAUCCGAGAAUCAGGGGCGUCUGGAGAGCGUGGUUCCAGCCUGGCGCACCACACCUCGGGGACCUCGUGUCACGAUGAGGGAGGGGAGAGCAGCAGCCAUGAGAUCAGUGGAAAAGAUAUUGCUGCUUCUGCCUCCUCAAUGGCGUCAGAAGUGGGCCGACGAACCACUGUACUCUUCUCUAAAAAGAACCCCAAAGCCUCCGGGCCUCCAAAGCGACCGGGUCGGCCACCGAAGAAGCGUGAGGCAAUGCAUAAUGCUGGGACAACAAGCUCCAGCCCUAUAGGACCUCCACAGCUGCCCCAGCUUUCCUCAGCACGUCAGCGCAAGAGACCUCGCAGCCCCCGUUCCAGCUCGAGUUCUGAGAGUGGAAGUGACAAUGAGCCCGUCAUACUUGGUUUACCCAGUAAUGGUUUUGAUGGGGGCAACCAGCCGGUCACUGAGAGUUUCCUCAGGUACAGGAACGAGCGGAGUCUUCCUCGCUCUAGCUCUGAUUCAGAAUCUACCAGCAGCAGCAGCAGUAGUGCAGCAUCCGACAGAACCAGUACGACCCCUUCAAAGCAGGGCCGUGGCAAGGCCUCGUUCUCACGCUCAACGUUUCAGGAAGAUAGCAGUGAGGAAACCUCUGGAACAGAGAACGACUCUUAUUCAGUUGGAGGCACCAGAGGAGUUUCUCACCGUGAGUCUAGAAGGAGUAGAUCAGGAUGCUGGAUGAGCUCAACGGACUACACUGCCUUAGACGCACUUGAUCUCGUAUGGGCCAAGUGUCGAGGAUACCCCUCUUAUCCUGCUCUGAUUAUCGACCCCAAGAUGCCAAGGGAGGGCAUGUUCCACAGGGGGGUACCAAUACCUGUUCCUCCUCUGGAGGUGCUGAAGCUGGGCGAGCAGAUGACCCAGGAGGCACGGGAGCAUCUAUUUCUGGUGCUGUUUUUUGACAACAAGAGGACUUGGCAGUGGUUGCCACGCUCAAAGCUCGUCCCGCUGGGCGUGGAUCAGGAGUUGGAUAAGGAGAAGAUGCUGGAAGGCAGGAAGUCCAACAUCAGAAAGUCGGUGCAGGUGGCGUAUUCUCGUGCCAUGCAGCAUCGCAACAAAGUGCAGGGUGAUCCCAGCAGUGAUACGAGCGAUAGUGACUGAAACACACACACACACAAGCAUGCAUGUACACCUGAUGUGAAUAACAGUUUACGUUGAUGGAUGGCACAUGGACUUUAACACACACACAAUAAGCAGUCUGUUCACCUGUGCCUGGUUGCACCAACAGGUCUUAAAUCACGACUCAAAUGAAAUUUUAAAGACACUCCUAAUAACAAACACAUGCAUUUACUUGGCUUAACAACUCAUUAUCAAAAUGAUUCAUUCCUGAUUCACUUCAAAUGAUUCUUCAUUGUUCCCUAUGACUUAAUUAUUACUUGUUACUGGAGUACUGACAUGGCUUCAAUUUCUCGAUCAUUUAAAUUUGCAGACAGUUCUCCUGUUAAUAAUUUCUUUAUAUAACAGGGUACUUAAAUAAUAUCACUUAUUUUAUACCGUAAUUUUAUGGACUGCACAUCCCAUGUCUGGAAGGACUACAAUUACAGUGUCCUUUUACUUUUUUAUAAACCACGUUGUAGAAAUGUUCAUAUGGAAACCACAUUUGUUAUAUGUAAGAAGAGUGUUUUAUAGUAUACAGACACUCCAGGACGUGCUGUUUGUGCUGUUUUCCUACAAACCAAACCUGGCAGAGUUUAAAACACAGAACAAUAAAUUAUGAUUGACUGUAAAAGAAUAAAACCCUCGGGAUUGGAUCAUGUGUGUCUACAUAGGUUAGAUCCAGCCUACAUGUUGUGUAUAAUUAUGUAUUAUUAAUUUUUAAUUGGCACA